AUGGUUUUUGUUACAGAGGUUCCUGCCGUCGGAGUUUGGACAUGAUGUGGACAGGUCCAAUCCGAUGCAGCCAGGACUAAACAUGUACAACGAUAAACGCAGAAUCAGACGAACGAUUGAGCAGUUGGGCUUAUCCUACACCUACAUUUGCUGCAACUCAAUUGCUUCGUGGCCCUACCAUGACAACACUCAUCCUUCGGAGGUUCUUCCACCGCUCGAUCAGAUUCCAAUCUACGGUGAUGGCACCGUCAGAGCUUACUUUGUUGCUGGAUCUGAUAUUGGAAAAUUCACAAUGAAGACGGUGGACGACAUGAGGACAUUGAACAAGUCAGUCCAUUUCAGGCCAUCUGGCAACCUGUACAACAUGAACGAGCUUGCGGCGUUGUGGGAAAUGAAAAUUAAUCGUACCCUUCCAAGAGUUACAGUUGCAGAAGAUGACCUCGUAGCCGCAGCCGCAGAGAAUUGUAUCCCACGAAGUAUUGUGGCAUCAUUCACGCAUGAUAUCUUCAUUAACGGAUGUCAAGUCAAUUUCGUAAUUGGCGGCCCUAAGGAGGUUGAGGUGAGCAGUCUGUAUCCGGGUGAGCCAUUUAUAAGCUUGGAUGAUUGCUUCAAUGACUUUGCUGCUAAGGUUGGAGAACAAAACAAAAAGGACACCAACGAUGUUGCAGCCCCAAAGCCUGUGGUGGAGGCCCUGCCUAUCACGGCAACAUGUGCUUGAUGUUUAUCUUCUUUAAUUAUGUUGUUAUGCAGAGAGUAGUUUUCAAUUACUACUGUGAUUUAUUCUUAAUUACCAUUUUCUCCAUGUGAUUCAACUUGUGUACAAAACAAUUUGUGUAAUAAAUGUGCUUUUUUCUA